AUGGCGGUGGUGAUGUCGGUCCUCCUCUUACAGUUGAUGGUUCCAAAAGACUUUAAAUCGAGAGAAAACCAAUCAACAGUCACAGAGGUCAUACUUUUGGGGUUCCAAGAUCUUCACAGUUCCAGGAUUAUAAUUUUCUUAGUUUUUCUUACGAUUUAUAUUGCUACUGUAGGUGGAAACCUUUUGAUCAUUGCAUUGGUUUCGACCAGUAACAAUCUCCGUUCUCCUAUGUACUUCUUCCUAUGUCAAUUGUCUGUAUCUGACAUUUUGGAAACGACAAGCAUUGUUCCUAACUGCAUGGGCAUUGUAUUGAAAAAAGGUGCCACCAUGUCUGUUAUUGAAUGCAUCACUCAAUUUUGUAUGUUUGCAUCCCUUUCAAGUUCAGAGUGUUUUAUUCUCACAGUAAUGUCCUACGACAGAUACAUGGCUAUCUGUAAACCAUUACACUACACUAAUGUGAUGAACUUUACAUUUUGCAUUAAUCUAAUUAUCUGGUCUUGGCUCACAGGCUUAAUUGUAACAUUACCUGUCUCCGUCAUGCUUUAUAACUUAAAUUUCUGUGGUCCAAAUAUCAUUGACCACUUCUUCUGUGAUUUCAAACCUAUUGUACAGCUAUCUUGCUCUGACACAACCAUUGUUGAAAUUAUCGUAUUUUUAGUAGCCUCUCCUGAAACAUUUAUUCAAAUAAUGUUCAUUGUUGGGUCUUACAUUUAUAUAUUUGUCACUAUAAUGCAUAUAUCCUCUAAGCUUGAGAGGCGGAAAACCUUCUCCACCUGUAGCUCUCAUCUUACUGUUGUUUGCACAUAUUAUGGAACUUUGAUUUCCAUCUAUGUUGCACCAACCCAAGGGCAGACUUUUAAUAUAAAUAAGGUCCUUUCUCUUUUGUACACCGUAGUGACUCCUUUAUUGAAUCCUAUAAUAUACAGUUUGAGGAAUAAGGAGAUCAAAACAGCCAUAGUAUAA